ACUCGGGCUGCGCGUUACGGGUGUGGGCACAUAUCUUUCUUCUGCUUGGUCAGCCUCAAAGCUUUGAGAUUGAGAGUCUCAAACCAAAAACAUCAUCUAUCCUCUCCAUCACAAUACCCCCCCGAACUUGACAAAACAUCAGGUUUUGUCGGUGUAGAAGGACUGUGCGUGGUCGGAAACCAACACGCGCACCUUUCGCCUUCACCUCUUUUUGUCCUCGACCUCGAUAUCGACGAACGCUGCUGUUCUUCCGGUACCUGUUCUUUUGCGAGUACUUUUCAUCACAUUCUGGCAGCUUUUCUAAUAUCUUGGACCCCUCAUAUUUCCAUAAUCAAGUUUUGCGCAUUUUUUCUUGUUUUUUUUUUUCUCUUAAGCUUCGAUAUCCUCAACCUAAUUACGAAGCUGUUUCACGAUUACAGUUCGCCACGCGUCGCGCCAUUCCUCGUAAAACCGAACAUCGCACCUCAACUUCGAUUUCAAUACCUAUAGACAUUCGGAUAGAGCUAGAUUUGGCAUCAUGGCGGACUACGACGAAGGCUACGAAUACGAGGAGGAGUAUGCCGAUGAUAAUAGUAUCACCCCCGAAGAUUGCUGGACGGUUAUCGGCUCUUACUUCAAGAGGAAGGGCCUAGUUUCGCAGCAGAUUGAUUCUUUCAACGAUUUUCAGGAGACCACCAUUCAAGAACUAAUCGAAGAGUAUUCGCAAAUCAGCGUCGACGAACCUAGUCCCCCUUCCGGCGAUGGCCGAACCGUGGCUCUUCGUCGGUACGACCUCAAACUUGGCCAUGUAACAAUCGCCCGCCCCGUCGCCAUGGAAAGCGACAAUACGUCAGGCCCUCUCCUGCCUUACGAAUGCAGGGACCGGAAUAUGACGUAUGCGGCGCCCAUCUAUGUCAAGGUCGACAGCAAGGUAACCGCCUGCAUCGAACAAGAUAUUCCUCUCCACGAGAUGGAUGAGGAGCAGCAGGCGGAGGCCCAAGCUACCGGAAAGCAUCCGACCCGCUUGAUUUGGGAGGAGGAAGAAAACGUAUUGGACAUGCCUGCCGCCGGUCAAGGCAAGACUAGCGAUCAAGUCUUCAUCGGCAAACUUCCCAUCAUGGUGAAGUCUAAGGCGUGCCAUCUGAGCAACGAGUCCGACGACGAAUUGUUCCUGCUGAACGAGUGCCCUUACGACCAAGGUGGCUACUUUAUCAUCAAUGGUAGCGAAAAGGUUCUCAUCGCCCAGGAGCGAUCCGCUGCCAACAUCGUCCAGGUCUUCAAAAAGGCCCAGCCGAGUCCAUUUUCUUACACGGCCGAGAUCAGAAGCGCUCUCGAAAAAGGCUCACGGCUUAUCUCGUCACUUAUGUUGAAACUAUAUACUAAGGGCGACGCCUCCAGAGGAGGAUACGGAGAGACGAUCCACACUACUCUCCCCUUCGUUCGAGCCGACCUACCCAUCGCUAUCGUAUUUAGAGCUCUAGGUGUCGUCAGCGACGAGGAAAUCCUAAAUCACAUCUGUUACGAUCGCAAUGACAGCCAGAUGCUCGAGAAGCUGCGGCCUUGUAUCGAAGAGGCGUUUUGCAUUCAGGAUCGCGAGGUCGCGUUAGACUAUAUCGGAAAGCGUGGAAGACAAUCUCACAAUGUGGCCCGUGAUCGUCGUAUAAGAGCGGCGAAGGACAUUUUGCAGAAAGAAAUGCUUCCUCACAUCUCUCAAACAGAAGGUUGCGAAACCAGGAAGGCUUUCUUCCUCGGUUAUAUGGUCCAUAAGCUUCUCCAAUGUGCCCUCGGCCGACGCGACACCGACGACCGUGAUCAUUUUGGAAAAAAGCGUCUCGACCUCGCAGGUCCUCUCCUCGCAAAACUAUUCCGCAACAUAGUACGACGGUUAGUUCAGGAGAUUACGUCCCACCUCCGGCGCUGCAUCGACCAGAACAGGCGUUUCCAGAUCGAGCUCGCCGCUAAACCCGCCAUCGUGACUAACGGUUUGAAAUACUCUCUCGCCACAGGAAACUGGGGUGAUCAGAAGAAAGCGAUGAGUUCUACGGCCGGCGUGUCGCAAGUGUUGAACCGAUAUACUUUCGCUUCGACCCUUUCCCAUCUGAGGCGAACAAACACGCCUAUCGGAAGAGAUGGAAAGCUCGCGAAGCCUCGACAGCUUCACAACACCCAUUGGGGUCUGGUCUGUCCGGCCGAAACGCCCGAAGGCCAGGCUUGCGGGUUGGUAAAAAACUUAUCGCUCAUGUGCUCCAUCAGCGUGGGUACGUCGACGGAUCCUAUCGUAGACUACAUGAUUACUAGAAAUAUGGAAGUCUUGGAGGAAUACGAACCGAUGCGGUACCCCAACGCCACCAAGAUCUUCCUAAACGGUUCUUGGAUCGGUGUUCACCAGGAUCCCAAGUCUCUCGUGAGAGAUGUGCAGCAGCUUCGUCGGGCCAACCAGAUUCCCUCCGAAGUCUCACUGGUACGCGAUAUCCGUGAUCGUGAGUUCAAGAUCUUUUCGGAUGCCGGUCGUGUCAUGCGGCCCUUAUUCGUGGUGCAGCAAGAGGAUGAUCCCGAGGCUGGCACCACGAAGGGCUCGCUUGCUCUCACCAAAGAGAUGAUCCAGAGAUUGGAGGCGAGCGCCGAUCUGGAGCAGACGAGCGAGGGAUACUUCGGCUGGCAAGCUCUUGUUAAUGAAGGUGUUAUCGAGUAUCUUGACGCGGAAGAAGAAGAGACGGCCAUGAUUUGCAUGACACCCGAAGACUUGGAAACUUAUCGCAUGUCUAAGCUGGGAUAUGACGUGUCUCAGGAUAACGGAGACGAGAUUAACAAGCGACUUAAGACUAAGUUGAAUCCCACGACGCAUAUGUAUACGCAUUGUGAGAUCCAUCCUAGUAUGCUCCUAGGUAUUUGCGCGAGCAUCAUUCCGUUCCCCGACCAUAACCAGUCCCCUAGAAAUACGUACCAAUCGGCUAUGGGCAAACAAGCCAUGGGAUUUUAUCUCACCAACUACAGCCGCCGUAUGGACACUAUGGCGAACAUCCUCUACUAUCCUCAAAAGCCGCUUGGUACUACCCGUUCUAUGGAAUUUUUAAAGUUUAGAGAACUUCCUGCGGGUCAGAACGCCAUCGUCGCCAUCGCCUGUUAUUCCGGAUACAACCAAGAAGAUUCGGUCAUUAUGAACCAGAGCAGCAUCGACCGAGGUCUCUUCCGAAGUCUGUUUUUCCGAUCUUACAGCGACUGCGAGAAGCGAGUGGGUAUCAACACGGUAGAGACGUUUGAGAAGCCAUUCCGAGCGGACACGUUACGGCUCAAGCAGGGCACGUACGACAAGCUCGACGAUGAUGGAAUAGUCGCUCCUGGUGUUAGAGUCUUGGGAGAAGAUAUCAUCAUCGGAAAAACAUCGCCCAUCAACCCCGAUAACGAAGAGAUGGGUCAGCGCACCAAGGUGCACGUCAAGCGUGACGCGUCCACUCCCCUUCGUAGUACCGAGACCGGUAUUAUUGAUUCCGUCAUCCUCACUACGAAUCCGGACGGUCUACGCUACGUCAAAGUGCGAGUUCGUACCACGAAGAUCCCUCAGAUCGGAGACAAGUUCGCUUCCCGCCACGGACAAAAGGGAACCAUCGGUGUCACGUACCGCCAGGAGGAUAUGCCCUUUACCCGCGAAGGAAUCGUCCCGGAUAUCAUCAUCAAUCCUCACGCUAUCCCGUCGCGAAUGACGAUUGCUCACUUGAUCGAGUGUCUGCUUAGUAAAGUCUCCACCCUUAAGGGAAUGGAGGGAGACGCUACGCCGUUCACCGACGUCACUGUUGAUUCAGUAUCGAGCCUUCUACGCGAGCACGGAUACCAAUCCCGCGGUUUCGAGAUCAUGUACCACGGUCACACCGGACGCAAGCUACGAGCCCAGGUCUUUUUCGGCCCCACGUAUUACCAGCGUCUCAGGCACAUGGUGGACGACAAGAUCCACGCUCGCGCGCGAGGUCCCGUGCAGAUUAUGACCCGACAACCCGUCGAAGGUCGUGCUAGGGAUGGAGGUCUCCGUUUCGGAGAAAUGGAACGUGACUGUAUGAUAGCCCACGGUGCCGCCUCCUUCCUGAAGGAACGUCUAUUCGAAGUCUCGGACGCUUUCAGAGUCCACGUCUGCGAGAUUUGCGGUCUGAUGACCCCAAUUGCCAUAUUAAGCAAGGGUUCAUUCGAGUGUCGCCCAUGCAAGAACAAGACCAAGAUUGCGCAGGUCCACAUCCCGUACGCCGCUAAGCUUCUCUUCCAGGAGCUUCAAGCUAUGAACAUCGGAACUCGUUUGUUCACCGAUCGUUCCGGUGCUAGCAUCCGUUAAGGAUGAUAAACUUGUGAAGCCGGGAGGGGGGGUUAGUUAAUGAGGGAGGAUCUUGGCGGGAUGGAGGAUGACGAUUGGGUCAGUAUUCUGCCCGCAUAUAAAAAGCAUAGGGCCGGCGUUGUCUUCUUGUCUCUUGUUCUUAAUCUCAGUGUAUUCAGCCGAAAUUCGUAACUGAAGGUUUGCACUUGGGCGUCAGAGGUUGCAGGUUUGGUGUUAUUACGAUCAGAUGCCCCCCAAAAAAUAUUAAUCUAUGUAGUGAAUUCGUGCCGUUAUGAAUACAAGAAUGAGUUUGCUAACCACGGU